UUUAUUUUGAUUGGCUCUCAGCUGUGCCCUCAGCUGUUUGCUCUCUUCAAAUCGACGGCGGAUGGAUUAUCGACAAAUUAAAAGGUUAGUUUAAUUUGUUUGCUUUGGUGUAAAAAUGGAAUUGCACAUAGCACACUUAAUCGUAUAGUUUGUAGCCACACUAUUUGGUCAGAUUACGUGAUAUGUGCAAGCGAAAAGCUAUUUUUUUUACCCUUCGAAAUGGUUGUCGCUCACGAUAUCACAGCAAUCGGUGCCUGCUGACUCAAAAUUAGAUUAGCUAGUUGCUGUAGCUUGUUAGUUACGCCUAGUAACCCGCUAGCUAUCAGUAAACAUUAAACAACAUCGUUGUUUUUCAGGGUCUUGACAAGGGCUCGCCCAGCAAAUCAACUAUCGUAUUCCCCUAAUCUUUUGUAAAUCACCUGUUGAUUGUGCAAGCCUGUGUUGUGUUUAUAGCUAAGUUAGUAACUAGCAAGAAAGAGGGCAUAUCUGGUUUACGGAAGAUAUAGCUAUCUAUCUAGCUCUUGUUGUCAACUAAUAUGUGCGGUCUUUUCUUGUGUAGAUUCAUUGCAAGAUGUCCAAUGAAGUCGAGUUUUUGCGUGAUCAAGGUACAUUGGAUAUUUCCUGAAUACUAGCUACUAGUCUUUUGUCAUAUCCAUAUUAGCCACAGCCUAGCUGCGAUGCAACCAAGAUACUUUUGAAGGAGUCCAGCACAAUGUCAAAAUGAUGUUGGUUGCAUUGCAGCUAGCCACUACCCUUUUCAUAAUAUAUAUAUAUAUAUAUAUAUAAAUAAAUAAAUGUUAUUGUUUAGCAUCUGAUUUCAUACUGUAUUUAUCAUUGCAGUCCAAAGGCUGAACUCUGCCUUGAGUCACUAUCAAGAUGGACACCGCUCUCAAGCCACGUUAGCACCACAGGUACUGUAUGGUGUGAAAGUGUUUUGAUAAGAGAAAAUCCAUCUGAUUAAUUCUGAUUAUGGGUGCGUUCGUAAAUUCACUCUGGAGUGCCAGAGAGCGCUCAGUGCGCUCUGGGCGUUUUGUAAAUUCAGAACAUUGUCAGAUUGUACGUUCCUAAAUUCAGAGCGUUUCAGAGCGCACACUGGACGCUCAGGCCCAGGAGUAUGGUUGAUCUGAGCAUUCUGGCCUCACAAUGGCAGUCAAGCACCCAAGCUAACUGGCUAAAGUUAGCUAUCUUGCUAACUACUUCGAGACAUAAAUGAGAGAACAGCUCGCUCUGACCAUUUUUCUCACCCUAGCAGAGCUGAUUAGGCUGUUUUCAUGUUAUCCAGAGCGUUGGUGACUGUAACUGUGCUGCUGGCAACAAUUUAAUUACGCUUUUUUGCUGAGGAUUACUGACACCGGCCAUAUUCAACGGGUGUUGAGCGUUCGUAAAUUCAUCAGUUAUUCUGCGCUCUGGCACACUCAGACGAGAGUGCUCUGAAAUCGGAGUAGAUAGCCAGAGUGAAUUUACGACCGCGCCCUAUAUGAGUAGCACUAGGAGUCAGACCUGAGAGCGUUCUAAAUGGUCUGUUUUUUUUUUGCAGGGUGAGGAGGCGAGACACGCAGAGACACCUGCCCCCUGGCUUUCUGACCGGAGGUAAGAGGAGAGGAACAACCUGAGCCCCGCUGUGUCACCCAACAGGGACACGGCCAUCUUUAGGAACUGAUGCCCGAUGUGUGUGUCCUAAAUGGCUCCCUAUUCACAAAAUAGUGCACUACUUUUUCAUCAGUGCACCACCCAUAGGGCUCUGGGGAAAAGUAGUGGAAUAGGGGGCCAUUUAGGAUGCUGCCCAUGUUCCAGGCGCUUAAUGUUUUAAGGUUGUGUUUUGCUGAGGGGAGGCUACCUGUUUCAACACCAGUCCGAAGUAAAGACCAACGGUCAAAACCAAUAUUGACACGACACUAACGAAGGAAAUGAUGAAUGUCCACUUUUUCUUCUUCUCCCCGCCCUCUUCUCCUAAUGAUGAGAACAAACAGCAAGAUGUCAACCAUGAUGAUCAGUGCCUUUACUGUUGCAACACUUGACUGCUAUAUACAGUACAAUUAAAUUGGACAUGGAAGACCAUUUCUCACCAUCCGUCUGGAGACUUUCUACACCCAUGUUGCAAAAGAUGUCGAGCUCAGAUCUACAGCACAUUCAAAGAUGUUAAAAUAUGAUAAACCUCAUAGUACCAACAACAAGUGAUACCUGUUCCUUAGACUAGAAGUAAUAGACGCUCACCUGUACUGACUAGCGAUGCAAGGAGACUUUUGAAUCUCUGUAAUGUAACAGCGUAGAUGUGUUCUCUGUCAUCCCUCUGCAUCUUUAUUACAGUGAUAAGGCUGAUGUUUAACUCUUGACUGGAAGAAAACCAUAAAGUUUGGUUGGUCUAUAACUUUUUACAUCAGCAGGGCUAGUGUUAGCGAAGUUCAGCUUUUCGUUGCAAUGUCCUCGGCCAUAUGCCUAUUCACAAUUACACUACUGUUUUUAGAACCAUUGUUGUUUAUUUGGUGGGUCACUAGACAACUUGAACGAUCUGAGUCCCAAUAUCUAGAUUUGGACAAUUAUAUAGGUCCGUAGUGUUAAAUAUAAAAUAAAAAAGUUUACUUACAGUGACUGUGAUAUGUGGUUGUCUUACCCACCUUAGUUGAAUUCAUUGACUGUAAGUUGCUCUGGAUAAGUGUCUGACAAAUUACCAAUAGGUCAGUCCAGUCUGAUGAAGGUGAUUCCAGUGUUGUGGUUGUGUUCCAGUCUGAUGAAGGUGAUUCCAGUGUUGUGGUUGUGUUCCUGUCUGAUGAAGGUGAUUCCAGUGUUGUGGUUGUGUUCCAGUCUGAUGAAGGUGAUUCCAGUGUUGUGGUUGUGUUCCUGUCUGAUGAAGGUGAUUCCAGUGUUGUGGUUGUGUUCCAGUCUGAUGAAGGUGAUUCCAGUGUUGUGUGUUCCAGUCUGAUGAAGGUGAUUCCAGUGUUGUGUGUGUUCCAGUCUGAUAAGGUGAUUCCAGUGUUGUGUGUGUUCCAGUCUGAUGAAGGUGAUUCCAGUGUUGUGAUUGUGUUCCAGUCUGAUGAAGGUGAUUCCAGUGUUGUGGUCCAGUCUGAUAAGGUGAUUCCAGUGUUGUGAUUGUGUUCCAGUCUGAUAAGGUGAUUCCAGUGUUUGUUGGUCCAGUCUGAUGAAGGUGAUUCCAUGUUGUGGUUGUGUUCCAGUCUGAUGAAGGUGAUUCCAGUGUUGUGGUUGUGUUCCAGUCUGAUAAGGUGAUUCCAGUGUUUGGUGUGUUCCAGUCUGAUAAGGUGAUUCCAGUGUUGUGGUUGUGUUCCAGUCUGAUAAGGUGAUUCCAGUGUUGUGGUUGUGUUCCAGUCUGAUAAGGUGAUUCCAGUGGUCGUCUGAUAAGGUGUCCAGUGUUGUGUUGUUCCAGUCUGAUGAAGGUGAUUCAGUGUUGUGGUCCAGUCUGCUAUAGGUGAUUCCAGUGUUGUGGUUGUGUUCCAGUCUGAUAUAGGUGAUUCCAGUGUUGUGAUUGUGUUCCAGUCUGGUGAAGGUGAUUGUGUUCCAGUCUGAUGAAGGUGAUUCCAGUGUUGUGAUUGUGUUGCAGUCUGAUAUAGGUGAUUCCAGUGUUGUGAUUGUGUUCCAGUCUGGUGAAGGUGAUUGUGUUCCAGUCUGAUGAAGGUGAUUCCAGUGUUGCUGAUUGUGUUUGCAGUCUGAUAUAGAUGAUUCCAGUGUUGUGGUCCAGUCUAAUAAAGGUGAUUCCAGUGUUGUGAUUGUUGGUCCCAGCUCUGAUAUAGGUGAUUCCGCCGGUGUUGUGGUCCGUCUGAUAUAGGUGAUUCCAGGUGUUGUGGUCCAGUCUGAUAUAGGUGAUUCCAGUGUUGUGGUCCAGUCUAUAAAGGUGAUUCCAAGUUGUUGUGAUUGUGGUCCAGUCUGAUAUAGGUGAUUCCGGUGUUUGUGGGUCCAGUUCUGAUUAGUGAUUCCAGUCUGAUAUAGGUGAUUCCGGUGUUGUGGUCCAGUCUGAUAUAGGUGAUUCCAGUGUUGUGGUCCAGUCUGAUAUAGAUGAUUCCAGUGUUGUGGUCCAGUCUAAUAAAGGUGAUUCCAGUGUUGUGAUUGUGGUCCAGUCUGAUAUAGGUGAUUCCGGUGUUGUGGUCCAGUCUGAUAUAGGUGAUUCCGGUGUUGUGGUCCAGUCUGAUAUAGGUGAUUCCGGUGUUGUGGUCCAGUCUGAUAUAGGUGAUUCCGGUGUUGUGGUCCAGUCUUUUAUAUAGGUGAUUCCAGUGUUGUGGUUGUGGUGCAAUCUGAUAAAGGUGAUUCCAGUGUUGUGGUUUGUUGUGUUGCAGUAUAAUGGUUCCUCUCCUAUCAGAGUAUGACCGUCAUAUGGAUGACAUGACUGAACAACUGCAGCGCUACCAGGUGAAGAUUUAUCAAAAUUAUCGUUCUGUUUGUUCAUUCAUCUUUUGGAAUUUGACUACAAUAAAAUGAAAGGAUUGUGUUUACAAUGGAGAUAUUUUAUGAUUGUCUACAAUCUAUUUCUAAAGUGAUGGAGAUUAAUCUUUACUUCACAAUUUGAACCACAAGAUGCAGAUGACGGAGGUCAAACUGAAGCUGGACAGGGUGGUCAAGGAGAAUGAACGGUACGGUAUCAACUUCAGUACUAAGACCACAGCAUGCUGCUCCCUUUUUUUACAUAAAUGAGGUCCCUAAAUGGUGUGUAUGUUGCCGUCUCCCAUCCAGGCUGCAUGCUGAGCUGAGGGAGUCAGUAGAGAGGCAGCUGCAGACCCUCCCAGGCAGUACAGGGCCAGGGGUGGAGGGGGACACACUGGGGGACGAGGGGCUCAUCAACAACCUACAGGAACAGAUCCAGCUCUCUGUACAGGUUAGACUAAACACCGCAACGUGUGUGGUAUGGUGUGUGUUUAAAUGUGAUAUGGUGUGUGUUUAAAUGUGGUAUGGUGGGUUUGUGUGUUACCUGCAUUAAUAGAAUGCGCUGACUAAGGCACUCUGGAUAAGACCGUAUGCUAAGUGACUAAAUGUAGUGUGUGUAUAUAUGUAAAGGUGUGUUUGUGUGUAGGAGCGAGACCAGGCCAUGGAGCUGUGGCAGGCAUCAGCCCAGGAGCUGGACCGGUUACAGCAGCUCUACCAGAGAACCACCUCUGACGGACAGCUCCAUGUUGCCGAGCGACAGCGCCUCAAGGUAGGCCUUCCCCAGUUUGGCCCCCAGAGGGCAGCAUUGUUAUGGAUUUCAUCCCGCUCCCAUUGAGGUCAAUGAGGGUAGCUGAUCGUUGCUGCUUCUAAACCUCUGUAAUGUUAGAAGUUAGUACAAGCUUUGAGUUUUACUUUGUGUCCAUAGUUUAUGAUUAAUUCGAUGUCAUUAUUUAAGAGGAAGUGAUGUAAGGGAAGUUGUCAUUAACCCCGCCCUUAUUAUUUUGUCAUAGGAUCAACUGAUCCAAUUCCAACAGCACAUCCAGAAACUCCAAGUCACCAAUCAGAAACUGGAAUCGGUAAGUUUCAGCCAAUCACUAAGUCAAAUAUUUGUGUAUCAUCAGAAUAUUGUUGGGAUAUAGAAUGUAGAAUAUUGGGUCAUUAUGGAAAAGGUCUUUGGUAAAUGAGGAAGCUGUUUUACACAUGGCUAGAACAUAUCAAACACUAACUAGAACAGUCAGUCAGUGUUGCGUAAUGCCUGCGGACAGGGAGUAGCCUAAUCCCUUUGCUUUGCCCAUGCUUGUUACACACAACACCACACUCAGUCAUUCUCCCGUCCUUACUCACUGGCCCGCUAACUGGCUCUUCUAGACAGACUGAUAGGAGAGAGAGACUUGCCUCUAAACUAAUAUUACAGUACAGGUUUACCUCACACACCUACCUUCUGCUUCUGAAGAGAGUCAUGUAUCCAUCUUAUACAUGUUUAAUGAGGGGUGAGGCAAGGGCUUUCCUCUCUCUCUUUCUGUCUACCAAGUAUUGUAGUGUGAGGAGUGUGUGUGUGUGUCAUUUGGUGUUUGUGAGACGUUUAGUGUUUGUGUGUGUGUAAGAAGUGAAUGGUGUGUGUGUGUAUUGAAGCCAUCAUGCCUCACCGGCGCGCGUGUCUCUCGUGCCACACUCAGACCAACCAGCAGUUCCUGAAGACGCUGACGGAACAGAGCACUGAGAUGGAGGAGCUACGCAUCCAGCUCAGGUACACACUACUGCAGAUCCAAAAUGGCCUCCUGGUUAGACCCAAAAUGGCCCCUACUUUUGGAUCCAAAAUGGCUCCUACUUUUAGAUCCAAAGUGGCUCCCAGGAAGGUAGAUCUUCAGCUGCUGCACAGUUCAGGUAGUGCUACUGCAGAGAGCAAGGUUGAUUUAUUUCUCUCUUUCCACUCCUACUGCAGACAGGCCAAAGCAGAUCUGAGGAUGGCCACAGCCAAGGUGGAGGAGAUGACCAAGCUGCUGCAGAACGUCCAGGACCAGAUACAGAGACGGGUAGGAAAACAGGAGGGCUUCUAGUUCUCUACCAUAGUUUACCAUAGCAGAAUAUAACCUCAGUCCCUUUGUGUGUGUGUAGGAGGACGAUGCAGCAGAGGCUCACGGUAGAGAGGAAGCCUCAGAUCGAAGACUCCACCAUCUCCAGUCAGCCCUCAGCCAGCUAGAGGCCAGGUGACACAGCUGUAAUCCUCACUCCACUUCCUCUUCCUGACUCUUCCACAGGAGGCUGAGUGCAUCUCUCUUCAAUUCCUUCUACCUUUUUCCUUUUGCUAACCCUUUCUGUCUCCUGCAGGUUGACGGCAGCUAGUCAGGAGGCAGAGAGUGUACGCAGGGAGCAGGUGGUGUGGGAGAGGCAGGUGGGGAACACUUUAGUUUCAGACAUCCCUGUUUUAACAAGUGUUGACCUGGUAUUUACAAGGUGAUGGAGCUAAAUAGCGGGGGGUAUAAUGAGGUGUACCCGUCAGGUGGGGGAGCUGCAGGUGCGCUGUGCCUCUCUGGAGGACGACCGCUACGAGGCCUUCUCCAAGGUCAGAGACUCCAUCCAGCUGGCUGAGGAGGCCUCGCUACAGAAGGAUCAGGUACAUCUUCUACUGCUACGGUCUGUUUCUCUGGACCAGGUCAGACAACCCCCCUCUCUACCCCUUCCUUCUCUGUCCGGUCAGGGACUGUCUGUCAUUUAGUGUAACUCUGGUGGUGAAGAUGAUGGGUAUGUAUCUCCCUUUCAGGCCCUGUUGAGAGAGAAACAGAAAUCUGAGGAGCUGGACAAGAUGAAUGAAGCCAUCAGACAACUGAUCCAGGACGCUGCCAUACGCACAAGGAAAGAGGUGAGUCUCUCAACUCCUUUUUCAAAAUGCCUACCAAAGUUCUCACCUCAAACUCUACCCUAACCCUAGUCCCAGCAUCAUGAUCAACCCUGUCUAACCCUAGUCCCAGCAUCAUGAUCAACCCUGUCUAACCCUAGUCCCAGCAUCAUGAUCAACCCUGUCUAACCCUAGUCCCAGCAUCAUGAUCAACCCUGUCUAACCCUAGUCCCAGCAUCAUGAUCAACCCUGUCUAACCCUAAUCUAAUCUCCAACCCCUUACCAUAGUGUAUCAUUAUCUCAAUACUACAUCACCAGUACACUACUACCUCAACCUGUUAGGCUGCUUCCUCCUGACCAUGUUCUCUCUUGAUGCUGUGUUCUCAGAGGAGGAACGGAGCUGCUUCCUCCUGACCAUGUUCUCUCUUGAUGCUGUGUUCUCAGAGGAGGAACGGAGCUGCUUCCUCCUGACCAUGUUCUCUCUUGAUGCUGUGUUCUCAGAGGAGGAACGGAGCUGCUUCCUCCUGACCAUGUUCUCUCUUGAUGCUGUGUUCUCAGAGGAGGAACGGAGCUGCUUCCUCCUGACCAUGUUCUCUCUUGAUGCUGUGUUCUCAGAGGAGGAACGGAGCUGCUUCCUCCUCACCAUGUUCUCUCUUGAUGCUGUGUUCUCAGAGGAGGAAUGGGAGAGACUAUAAGGACACUGCUGACCUGUAAACCUACUAAUCUCAAUUGAAAACUGACCCUUAACCAAACCUUUAACCCUAACCUAAUUUUAACCAAUUCUGAAAUGAAUUAUGGGUUUGUAGGUCAGUAGUGUCCGUAUAGCCUUUUCCUUGAGGAACUCACUGUUCUGACUCUGCCUGGCUCUUUACUAGAGAGACUGAUUACCAAUCUAUUAAUGGCUGUUGAUUAAGACCUAACUCCCUAAGCCUGUUAAUGUUAGCCUAGCCUUCACCAGGCUGUCAGACACAGGUCUAAAUCUAGACGUGCACUGAUAUAGCAUAGACUGACAAGCUGCAGUGUGUUUCUAUGUGGUGAAACCAGGGGUGCACCUCUCUGCAUUUCCCUCUGAAAAGCGUGACUUACAGAAUAUACUUUUUUGUGCAGAGACAGUAUACAUCCCACAUAUUCUAAUUGCUCAAUCUGUUGUUCAUUCAAGUAUUAUUGAGUUGUUCUGGAUUGUGUUUCUUUCAGGUGGAGAAUGUGCGUAAACAGUGCAACUCACAGAUCCAUCGGAUGGCUGAGGAGUUGUCGGCUCUAACAACUGGAGUGUGCAGAUAAAGAGUCCUCAGAUGGAGAGGUCCUGGGGAGGAGGAGGGCAGUGGAGGAGGAACUGGAAAAGGUGAGGGGGGGGGAGGAACCUGGAAAAGGUGAGGGGGGGGGAGUGGAGGAGGAACUGGAAAAGGUGGGGGUAUGGAGGAGGAACUGGAAAAGGUGGAGGGGGGGGGGGGAACUGAAAAUGUGGAGGGGGGGGGAACUGGAAAAGGUGAGGGGGGAGUGGAGAGGAAACUGGAAAAGGUGAGGGGGUAGUGGAGGAGGAACUGGAAAAGGUGAGGGGGGAGUGGAGGAGGAACUGGAAAAGGUGAGGGGGGGGGUGGAGGAGGAACUGGAAAAGGUGAGGGGGGGUAGUGGGGAGGAACUGGAGGGAGGAGGAACUGGAAAGGUGAGGGAGGAGGACUGGAAAAGUGAGGGGGGGGACUGGAAAAGGUGAGGGGGAGGAAAGGUGAGGGGGGGGGGGGGGAAAGGAAAGGGGAGGGGGGGGGGGAGUGGAGGAGGAACUGGAAAAGGUGAGGGGGGAGUGGAGGAGGAACUGGAAAGGUGAGGGGGGGGGAGUGGAGGAGGAACUGGAAAAGGUGAGGGGGGGGGAGUGGAGGAGGAACUGGAAAGGUGAGGGGGGAGUGGAGGAGGAACUGGAAAGGAGGGGGGGGGAGUGGAGGAGGAACUGGAAAAGGUGAGGGGGGAGUGGAGGAGGAACUGGAAAAGGGUUGAGGGGGGGGAGUGGAGGGAGGGGUACUGGAAAAGGUGAGGGGGGGAGUGGAGUGGAGGAGGAACUGGAAAGAAGUCAUACUAUUGUUUUAGUCUUACAAAAGUGGAUCAUGCAUUCCUACAGGUGGAUAAAUAACUUUCUAUAGGGAAUGCAGGGUAUGAAGCAUUAUAAUGCAUUAUAACCUGUUCCUAUGUCAUCUCUACUCCAGGUGUAUAAGGAGGGUAGAGGAGAGCCAGAGUACAGGAAGAUGGAGGCCCUCCACCAGAGGUCUCUGAAUGCUGAGAGACUGAAGGACGACAUGAACAUCACCCUGCAGAGCACACACAACAAGAUGAAGAAAAUGGAGAUGGAGUGAGUGGGGAUGAGACAUAUUUCUGUCUGCUUAGUCAGCGCAGACUGUGUUCAGCUAUCAAGUGUGGUUUUUAGGCUGACUGUUGAUUUGUCUGGACUCAAGUGUUUACAGUACAUGGUAAUCUAAAUGCCCUCUCUCUCUCUCUUUCUUUCUCUCUCUCCCCCCCCACAGCUACAGUGAGGAGUUAUCCCGGUGCCAGGAGGAGGUGCUGCGGCUGCAGGGGUCUCUGUCUGCAGCCAGGGAGGACUGCAGCGGGGUCAGCGAGGAGCGGCUCCAGCUGCAGCAGGAGAACAUGCAGCUCCGCAGGGAGAUGGAGGAGCUGCGCAAGGCUAGCAUGAUGACCCAGAGGAGAGCUAAACAGCAGGUGAGACUACCUGGUUAGCAACCUUUAAGACUAGACUGGAUACAGUAUGAACAGGAGGGAGGGAUGGAUGAGGGUAGAGGAAGGACAGGGAGAUAGACGAACUGUAGAACACAGAGACGAGGUAAACAGGUAGGACCAGUCUGUAGAACACAGAGACGAGGUAAACAGGUAGGACCAGUCUGUAGAACACAGAGACGAGGUAAACAGGUAGGACCAGUCUGUAGAACACAGAGACGAGGUAAACAGGUAGGACCAGUCUGUAGAACACAGAGACAAGGUAAACAGGUAGGACCAGUCUGUAGAACACAGAGACGAGGUAAACGGGUAGGACCAGUCUGUAGAACACAGAGACGAGGUAAACAGGUAGGACCAGUCUGUAGAACACAGAGACGAGGUAAACGGGUAGGACCAGUCUGUAGAACACAGAGACGAGGUAAACGGGUAGGACCAGUCUGUAGAACACAGAUACAGUGGGGAAAAAAAGUAUUUAGUCAGCCACCAAUUGUGCAAGUUCUCCCAGUUAAAAAGAUGAGAGCCCUGUAAUUUACUUCAUAGGUACACGUCAACUAUGAGAAAAAAAAAUCCAGAAAAUCACAUUGUAGGAUUUUUAAUGAAUUUAUUUGCAAAUUAUGGUGGAAAAUAAGUAUUUGGUCAAUAACAAAAGUUUCUCAAUACUUUGUUAUAUACCCUUUGUUGGCAAUGACACAGGUCAAACGUUUUCUGUAAGUCUUCACAAGGUUUUCACACACUGUUGCUGGUAUUUUGGCCCAUUCCUCCAUGCAGAUCUCCUCUAGAGCAGUGAUGUUUUGGGGCUGUCACUGGGCAACACAGACUUUCAACUCCCUCCAAAUAUUUUCUAUGGGGUUGAGAUCUGGAGACUGGCUAGGCCACUCCAGGACCUUGAAAUGCUUCUUACGAAGCCACUCCUUCGUUGCCCGGGCGGUGUGUUUGGGAUCAUUGUCAUGCUGAAAGACCCAGCCACGUUUCAUCUUCAAUGCCCUUGCUGAUGGAAGGAGGUUUUCACUCAAAAUCUCACGAUACAUGGCCACAUUCAUUCUUUCCUUUACACGGAUCAGUCGUCCUGGUCCCUUUGCAGAAAAACAGCCCCAAAGCAUGAUGUUUCCACCCCCAUGCUUCACAGUAGGUAUAGUGUUCUUUGGAUGCAACUCAGCAUUCUUUGUCCUCCAAACACGACGAGUUGAGUUUUUACCAAAAAGUUAUAUUUUGGUUUCAUCUGACCAUAUGACAUUCUCCCAAUCCUCUUCUGGAUCAUCCAAAUGCACUCUAGCAAACUUCAGACGGGCCUGGACAUGUACUGGCUUAAGCAGGGGGACACGUCUGGCACUGCAGGAUUUGAGUCCCUGGCGGCAUAGUGUGUUACUGAUGGUAGGCUUUGUUACUUUGGUCCCAGCUCUCUGCAGGUCAUUCACUAGGUCCCCCCGUGUGGUUCUGGGAUUUUUGCUCACCGUUCUUGUGAUCAUUUUGACCCCACGGGGUGAGAUCUUGCGUGGAGCCCCAGAUCGAGGGAAAUUAUCAGUGGUCUUGUAUGUCUUCCAUUUCCUAAUAAUUGCUCCCACAGUUGAUUUCUUCAAACCAAGCUGCUUACCUAUUGCAGAUUCAGUCUUCCCAGCCUGGUGCAGAUCUACAAUUUUGUUUCUGGUGUCCUUUGACAGCUCUUUGGUCUUGGACAUAGUGGAGUUUGGUGUGUGUGACUGUUUGAGGUUGUGGACAGGUGUCUUUUAUACUGAUAACAAGUUCAAACAGGUGCCAUUAAUACAGGUAACGAGUGGAGGACAGAGGAGCCUCUUAAAGAAGAAGUUACAGGUCUGUGAGAGACAGAAAUCUUGCUUGUUUGUAGGUGACCAAAUACUUAUUUUCCACCAUAAUUUGCAAAUAAAUUCAUAAAAAAUCCUACAAUGUGAUUUUCUGGAGAAUUUGUUUUCUCAAUUUGUCUGUCAUAGUUGACGUGUACCUAUGAUGAAAAUUACAGGCCUCUCAUCUUUUUAAGUGGGAGAACUUGCACAAUUGGUGGCUGACUAAAUACUUUUUUCCCCCACUGUAAGAGGUAAACAACAGGUAGGACCAGUCUGUAGAACACAGGUAAGAGGUAAACAGGAGGACCAGUCUGUAGAACAGAGACGAGGUAAACAACAGGUAGGACCAGUCUGUAGAACACAGGUAAGAGGUAAACAACAGGUAGGACCAGUCUGUAGAACACAGGUAAGGGCUAAGUGACAUUUGUGAGAGAUGGUGAGCCAAUGAGGUAAACUAAAACCAGACCACCAGUCAGAGAGAGAGGAUGGAUAGAGGUCUAGCAGGUAGAGAGAGAUGAGGAGGGUCUUUUAUUUUUAUUUCACCUUUUAUUUAACCAGGGAAGCCAGUUGAGAACAAGUUCUCAUUUACAACUGCGACCUGGCCAAGAUAAAGCAAAGCAGAGCGAUAAAAACAACAACAAGAGUUACAUAUGGGGUAAAAAACAUAAGGUAAAAAAAUACAACAGAAAAUAUAUAUACAGUGUGUGCCAAAUGUAGCAAGUUAUGGAGGUAAGGCAAUAAAUAGGCUAUAGUGCAAAAUAAUUACAAUUAGUAUUAACACUGGAAUGCUAGAUGUGCAAGAGAUUGUGUGCAAAUAGAGAUACUGGGGUGCAAAAGAGCAAAAAUAAAUAACAAUAUAGGGAAUGAGGUAGUUGGGUGGGCUAAUUUCAGAUGGGCUGUGUACAGGUGACGAGAUGAGGACGAUAGAGGUCUAACAGUUAAGAGAUGAGGAGGGGAUAGAGGUCUACAGUAGGAGAUGAGGAGGAGAUAGGUCUAACAGGUAGAGAGAGAGUGAGGAGGAGGGAUAGAGGCUACAGGUAGAGAGAUGAGAGGAGGGAUAGAGGUCUAACAGGUAGAGCAGAGAGGAGGAGGGAUAGAGGUCUAGCAGGUAGAGAGAUGAGGAGGGAUAGAGGUCUAGCAGGUAGAGAGAUGAGGAGGGAUAGAGGUCUAGCAGGUAGAGAGAUGAGGAGUGAUAGAGGUCUAACAGGUGAGGGAGGGGAGGUGACUAGCAGGUAGAGAGAUGAGGAGGAGGAUAGAGGUCUAGCAGGUAGAGAGAUGAGGAGGAGGGAUAGAGGUCUAGCAGGUAGAGAGAGAUGAGGAGGAGGGAUAGAGGUCUAGCAGGUAGAGAGAGAUGAGGAGGGAUAGAGGUCUAACAGGUAGAGAGAUGAGGAGGGAUAGAGGUCUAGCAGGUAGAGAGAUGAGGAGGGAUAGAGGUCUAGCAGGUAGAGAGAGAGAGAUGAGGAGGGAUAGAGGUCUAGCAGGUAGAGAGGAGAGGAGGGUAGCAGGUAGUAGAGAGGAUGAGGAGGGAUAGAGGUCUAGCAGGUAGAGAGAUGAGGAGGAGGGAUAGAGGUCUAGCAGGUAGAGAGGAUGAGGAGGGAUAGAGGUCUAGCAGGUAGAGAGAUGAGGAGGGAUAGAGGUCUAGCAGGUAGAGAGAUGAGAGGAGGAGAGGUUAGAGGUAUAAGACAGGUAGAGAGAUGAGGAGGGAUAGAGGUCUAGCAGGUAGAGAGAUGAGGAGGGGAUAGAGGUCUAGCAGGUAGAGAGAGAGAUGAGGAGGGAUAGAGGUCUAGCAGGUAGAGAGAUGAGGAGGAGGGAUAGAGGUCUAGCAGGUAGAGAGAGAGGGGAUAGAGGAGAGAGGUGAAGUAGAGGGAUGGGUCUACAGGUAGAGAGAUGAGGAGGUGAUAGAGGUCUAACAGUAGGAAUAGAGGAGGGAUAGAGGUCUAGCAGGUAGAGAGAUGAGGGAUAGGAUAGGUCUAGCGGGGUAGAGAGAAAAUGAGGAGGAGGGAUAGAGGUCUAACAGGUAGAGAGAGAGAGGAAGGUCUAGAGGAGAGGGAUAGAGGUCUAGCAGGUAGAGAGAGAGGAGUGAUAGAGGUCUAGCAGGUAGAGAGAGGAGGAGGAGGGAUAGAGGUCUAGCAGGUAGAGAGAGAUGAGGAGGAGGGAUAGAGGUCUAGCAGGUAGAGAGAGGAGUGUGGUUGUAAGAAGGAGGGGGAUAGAGGUCUAGCAGGUAGGGGAGAGAGGGGGAUAGAGGUCUAGCGUAGAGAGAGUGAGGAUAGAGGUCUAGCAGGUUAGAGAGGGGAUGAAGGAGGAAGGGGAUAGAGGUCUAACAGGUAGAGAGAGAUGAGGAGGAGGGAUAGAGGUCUAGCAGGUAGAGAGAGAUGAGGAGGAGGGAUAGAGGUCUAGCAGGUGAGAGAGAUGAGGAGGAGGGAUAGAGGUCUAGCAGGUAGAGAGAGAUGAGGAGGAGGGAUAGAGGUCUAGCAGGUAGAGAGAGAUGAGGAGGAGGAUGAGAGGUCUACAGAGAGAGGAUGAGGGGAGGGAGAGGUUAACAGUAGGAGAUGAGGAGGGUGAUAGAGGUCUAGCAGGUAGAGAGAGAUGAGGAGGAGGGAUAGAGGUCUAGCAGGUAGAGAAGAGAGGAGUGAUAGAGGUCUAACAGGUAGGAGGGAUAGAGGUCUAGCAGGUAGAGAGAGAUGAGGAGGAGGGAUAGAGGUCUAGCAGGUAGAGAGAGAGAUGAGGAGGAGGGAUAGAGGUCUAGCAGGUAGAGAGAGAGAGUGAUAGAGGUCUAACAGGUAGAGGGAUAGAGGUCUAGCAGGUAGAGAGAGAUGAGGAGGAGGGAUAGAGGUCUAACAGGUAGAGAGAUGAGGAGGAGGGAUAGAGGUCUAGCAGGUAGAGAGAGAUGAGGAGGAGGGAUAGAGGUCUAGCAGGUAGAGAGAUGAGGGAUAGAGGUCUAGCAGGUAGAGAGAGAUGAGGAGGGAUAGAGGUCUAGCAGGUAGAGAGAGAGGAGUGAUAGAGGUCUAACAGGUAGAGGGAUAGAGGUCUAGCAGGUAGAGAGAGAUGAGGAGGAGGGGAUAGAGGUCUAGCAGGUUAGAGGAUGAGGAGGAGGGAUAGAGGUCUAGCAGGUAGAGAGAGAGGAGUGAUGGAGGUCUAACAGGUAGAGAGAUGAGGGAUAGAGGUCUAGCAGGUAGAGAGAGAUGAGGAGGAGGGAUAGAGGUCUAGCAGGUAGAGAGAGAUGAGGAGGGAUAGAGGUCUAGCAGGUAGAGAGAGAUGAGGAGGAGGGAUAGAGGUCUAGCAGGUAGAGAGAUGAGGAGGAGGGAUAGAGGUCUAGCAGGUAGAGAGAGAUGAGGAGGGAUAGAGGUCUAGCAGGUAGAGAGAGAUGAGGAGGAGGGAUAGAGGUCUAGCAGGUAGAGAGGAAGGUGUAAACAAGAUGAGGGUUAAACAGUUGGGGAGGUCAAGUAGGAGACACACACCCACCCUCACUUCCCCCCCUCCCCUCCCCCAGGUGUCCCAGAUGGAGCAGGAGUAUUCCCUAAAGGAGCAGGGUCUGGAUGCCCGGGUCAGGGAGCUGGAGGAGAGCAGUAGGAGCUCCAGUGCUGACCUGACCCGCCUCCUCUCUGCCCAGCAGAAGACCACCCAGCGCUGGAAGGAAGAGGCCAAGACCCUCACCCUGGCCUUCCACACCAAACUCACCAGCCUCAAGUUAGUUCAAUGUACUGUGUUCACGUGUGUGUGUAUAUAUGCCUUAUAAACAGUGAUUUGAAGUUCUUACUGAUAUGCCACCAUGAUAGCCCAGUGUCCAUACAAGCAGGUUUACAAACUCACCAGUUUGGUAAGAGGAUGCUCACAUCUUACAUUUCUGCUUUGAACUUUUAUUAUGAAAAGCUGUUCUUGCUCUUUCUCUCUUUGCACAUCACAGUAGAAGCAUCAUUUCAAGCCUCCUACACACAAUGAGCUUUUAUUAUGAAAAGCUAUUCUUGCGCUUUCUCUCUUUGCACAUCACAGUAGAAGCAUCAUUUCAAGCCUCCUACACACAAUGUAGAAGGGAGCGAUUGAAGAGCUACGGCCCAAAUGGCCCCGUUUGACACAGUGGAAGAGUUUUCAUACAAGCAUAAAGUAUGUGUUUGAUGAUUGGUCGUUUACAACUAGGGCGGCAGGUAGCUUAGUGGUUAAGAGCGUUGUGCCAGUAACCGAAAGGUCGCUGAUUCUAAUCCCCGAGCUGACUAGGUGAAAAAUCUGUCGAUGUGCCCUUGAGCAAGGCACUUAACCCUAAUUGCUCAUGUAAGUCGCUCUGGAUAAGAGCGUCUGCUAAAUGACUAAAAUGUAUGAUAAGGUCUGUUGGUUUCAGGGGUGAGCUGAAUCGACAGAAGCAACGUUGUCAGGAACUGGAGAUCCAGCUGGAGACUGACCACGAGACCGUCAUAGAGGUGAUUCUAACACACACCUUUUUUUUUAAUAGAAGAUAAAAAAGGAACACAGACAAUUGUUUUACUUACGUGAAUUCAACACAAUCCUCACACCUUGAAACCAAUAGCAACAUGCAUCAUAAUUCAUAUAAUGAAGAAAUGUGACGUCAGUAUAUUGUUGUUGUGGUCCAGUAGGGGAUGAAGUGUGUCAAUAUUGUUGUUGGGGUUGAAAUAUGUCGUCGUUCUUGUCUAGUACGAGAGGCAGAUGGCAGAGUAUCAGGAGAAGAACAGUCGUCUCCAGAGGCGUUUGACUCAGGCAGAACAGAAGGCAACUACAGCAUCACAACAGGUACUAGGGGUCCUACUACUGGGGCCAGGGUGAGGCGUACAGUGAUGUCAGCCAGUUGUCUGAUAUCACCACAGGGUCGUAUUUAUUGGGCACACUGUAGCAAAACAGUUGAAAACGUUGUGCAACACAAACUAAAACGAGUUAAUUGGACAGGUUUAGGUAGCCCCUCCCUGUUUUAGUCAGUGUUACUAAGUUUGGUGUCUAAUGAAUACGACCCUGGAUCUUAUUGAUAUGAGAUGCAGUACUGGAACGCUGCACGGAUUGAAAUGACACGUCUACCUAUUUUAUAUGAC